UAUUCAGAUGUAAACAAAGCCAGAACUUUUGCAAUGAUAUUGAUGUUCAUAAGAAACACCAUAGACUGGUUUCAAGAAACAACAAAAAAAAGUUUUUUCAAGUUAAAAAAUGUUGUAACAACAUUUAUCAUUGUGAUAUUUGUAUUUAUAGUGUUAUUAUGGCUGUCAGUUUUCAUGUAUGGCAGUUUUUAUUAUUCUUAUAUGCCAACAGAAUCAUAUAUUCUUCCAGUUCAUCUCAACUUUAGGACAUGUGAGGUUGGAAUGGGUGCCUGCUCUUUUCCAUCAGCUAACAUAUCCCUGUUAAAGUCAGGUCAAGAAAAUAUGUUUGUAACAGGCCAGCUGUACAGUAUUGUGUUAAAUUUAGACUUACCAGAAUCUAAUGUAAAUAAAGAAUUAGGAAUGUUUAUUGUAAAAUUACAGUUGUAUAAUAAGAAAGGCGAGAGUUUGUCUAUGGCUACAAGAUCAGUAAGUACAAUGCUUCACUACAGAUCUGAGUUAUUACGAGUCUUGGAUACCUUUGUCUUCUCGCCUCUGUUAUUGUCAGGUUUUGUAGAACAGAAGCAGAUGUUGAUGAUAGAAUUCUUCUCUAAUUAUGUAGAUGAUGCAUACAAUCCAGCUGUAGGUAUUAUUGUAGAAGUUCAGAAUUUACAUGUACAGUUGUAUACAAUGGUACUAAAGAUGUAUGCAAAAUUUACAGGGCUGAGGUAUUUCCUUUACCACUGGCCAAUGAUGUCUGCUCUGUUUGGAAUCUCCUGUAAUUUAGUAAUGUUGUUAUUUAUUGCCUUGUUGUCAUGGUAUCAGUGCUUGUCAACAAAGAAAUCUAACAGCAGUGAAUACAAUUCAUAUGAUGAUGAUUUUGAAUCAUUGGAAGAAAGAAGAAAAAGAAUACGGAAAAUGAUGGACAAAGAAAAAGAAGACAAAAGACUAUCUACAUCCAAAAGUUCACCAGAGUUUGGUGAAACAGAGACUAUAGGUGGAGAAACAACAGAGGAACUGUUACCUGAUAGUGAUAAUACUUCAGAUUCAUUUUUACGUCAUAGGCACAUAAAACAUCAUUCCGAUCAAGAUCAGGAUUCAUAGUAUUCAGUUGCAUAUUUCCUGCGUCAUUACAUGACUUGUAUUUUUUGAGAAAAGGAGAAAAAAAUGUUGGAAUUUUACAUAAGGUUAGCGAAGAUAAACAAAAAAAUUCAAUAGCCAAAUAAAAUAUUAACCCAAAAAAUCCAGUCCCGUCCUGUGGUUAACUCUUCCACUCACAAGGGCAUCAACAUAUAUAUAUGAUAAAAGCAUGUCACAAAUCGAGCACUUUGAUUGGUGCUCUCUGAAUGCGUAAUGUUAUUAAGAUAGGUAAAUUCAGAGCUAAUUCCAAAUGAUUCAUUGACAAUUUAACCUUCUUUAAAUCUCUCUGUAAGACUUCUUGCAGCAUAUCCUUUUUGUGUAAGGCUGUAGCUCAAAUCUAGAUACAUGUGACAAGAAGAAGAAAAAUAUUUGGCUCAAUGGUGGUAGUUGAACAUAAUCCCAAUUCCCUUUACGGCCACAUGAAAAUAAUUGACAUAUACAGUAGGGAACAGCAGUACUUUAUUUUUAGCUUUCCAUUAUCUAACUAUUUGCCAAACAUAUUUUUCCUUUUCAUAAGUCUACAAGGAACUUUUAUGAUGUUCAGAAUAAAUGGCAUUUUACAUCAAGAGUGUGUUCUGUGAUAAGUUAUUUUCCCGGUAAAUUGUUAUAUUUUGACUUAAACUGAACCAUUGUUUUGUUGAUUGAUGUGUUUAUGUGUAUUUGUAGAUGAGAGCUUUUAUCACUGUGCAUGUAUGUGUUGAAGUCUGAUUUGAUUUAAAAUUAAUAUAUUUUCCUGUUUUUUUGCAAAAUUUGAUAAAAAUGGCACUUCUGUGUUGUAAUUGUAAUUUAAAAGACAUAAGCAGUAUUAGGUACAUAUCUCCUGUAAUCUAGCAAUUUUAUGUAAAAUAAACUAUUCUUUGAUUUAUUGAAUUGUAAAGUUUCUGUACUUAUAAUUGACUGAACAGAGGCCAGAGGAACAGGAAUUCAAGGCCCCUCCAAAACUCCUUAUUUUUUCUGACAAUCAACAGUACCAAACCACUAAUUCAUGACUCCAUUGUUUUCUAAUUUGUAUAAAUCAAUGACUAUUUCAGGUAUUUAUACCCAUUUAUUUAAAUAAAGUGACAAUCAUUUCAUGUCAAAACAACAGUUCAUACCAACAUUUCACAUAUAUUUUACAAAUUUUGAAAGCCAUGUGUAAAAAUUGUUGUGUGUGAAAUAUGUACUACUCUUAUUUUUUCUUCCUGGUUGUUUCCUAGGUUGGUUGUUCUAUACCUUAUUCAGCUUAAGGAUGUUUGUUCCUAAUGUUUUUGAAUUUUUGCCAGAUAUUCGGAAUCCUCUGGUUUUAUCCAUGUAGUGCCAUUAAAAAUUUUGCCCAUUAACCCCUAAUUUGAUAAAAUAUAGUUUAAAAUGUCAUCUUUGAAAAUCUUACAGAAUCCUUUUUAUUUUUUCAUUGUUUUAUAAAGAAAAAAGGUACAAAUGUUAAGUGUAUGAAAAAUCUAGUGAGAAUUAUUUCCCGCCAAAUUUUCAAUGGCUUAUAUCUAGAAAACAAGCACACAGACCCCUAAUUUUUUUCUUCUUUUAGCUACUUCAUUCAUAUCCUAUCAAUUCAUAACAGUCUUAUAAAAUGCUUGUUAUUUUGAAACAGUCUCAGUAGCGAAUAUCCUUAAAUUAAACACAGAUUUCAGCAAAGAAGUAUGUUGGUUUUUGAUAUUUUCAAUUAUAUUUUAUUACUAAGCAAAACAAAAAGAACUUUUUAUACAUGUAUACAGAAAUACUUGGGAACAUUAAUGGCAGGUACACUGUUCUUAUUGUCAAGAUUGUAUUCAGAUAAAUGAACCAUUGUUAUAUUGUUGUUUUUUUUUGUAUCAUCUGCUUAAAUGAACAAAUGGAUGCUUCACUACAUUUUGUUUUAUUUCAUCUAAAAAGUAUAAAAAUACAAUGAAAUUUGCUGCAAUAUUGUAAAUGAAAAUUAAUGACAUUAUUGAUAAAGAUUGUAUGCACUAAAGAGCUACCCUUUUGAACCUAUCGAACAUCAAAAUUGGUACAUAUGUUUCCCUUUAAGAAAAACUGAACCAUAUUUAAAGAAAAUUAAUUGCAGCAAAUAUCAUGUGAAAUGAAUGUAAUAUUUUGUCUUUUUUACCACCAAAAAAUGUAUUUAUUUUAUAACUGUUUUUUUUUUUACUUUGUGCAAUAAACCAUUUUCAA